AUGGGCAAACCAAAUCGCCUUCAGACCCUCUACUCCAGAUCGGGGACAGAUGUACCCCUCGGGGAAAAGUCUCCCGCCAUCCACGUCGCCAAUGGCGCCUUCAACCCACAACAGAAACCUGAUAUCAACCAGAACGGAAACCCACCACCAUACCAACGCCAGUUCCCCCGACCUUCGAUCUUUCAAAGAGCACUCCUGAAGGGAAUCCCCCACCGCCCGAGCGACAUCUUCUUCAUCUUCCGAGUCCUCACCGCCGCACUCUGGGCAGUCAUCCGACUCCACUGCUUCGAACUGCCCUACCAUUUCCUGACUCGAUUCAAGAAGUCUUCCAAGCAGUAUCCGGCCGAGUGGACCUGGUGGAGCAGUCUUUUCUUCUCUGUCCUCCGCGCCUGCGGAUCCAAAGUCAGCACCAUGGCUCAGGUCCGGUUUGUCGGGCACUUCAUUGAGCAUAUGAUACAGAUCGAGAACUAUUUUAUCAAGAAUGUCAAGAUCACUCGUGGAGUUCAGUUCAAGGUCAAUCGAGGGAUCCUGUUGAGACCUGAGCGGGCUACACUGGCUGUGGUCCGCGAGGAGCUGAGACGGAAAGGGUUCUCGGACGAUCCGUUGAACCCGAGCGAGGCCUUCUUCAAGUCCCUCCAUCCUGAAGGUGGUCCCAAUGCUCGUGUUGCCAAUAUGCCCGAGGAGGUUGGGUCGAUUAGUGACGAUGGCACCUACACGCUCAAGGGUGAAUGGAUCGAGGCCCUGGACGAUCCCAAGAACCCAGACCUACGACCGCGCAGCAAGACUGUGAUCCUCUACUUCCAUGGUGGAGCCCAUGUAUUCUGCUCGCCCAAGACUCAUACCCAUAUGCUUGCACGACUCUGCAAGGCCGUGGGGCCCGGAACACGUGCCUUCAGUCUGGACUAUCGUCUUGCCCCCGAGAGCCCUUUCCCUGCAGCUAUCCAUGAUGCCUUUGCGGCCUACCUGUACCUGACCGAGCCAGAUCAUGCAGCAUUGACGUUGGAUGAGGAAUCUGCAGUGCACGAGUUGGCUGUCGAUCCUCGCGAUUUGGUUGUUGGUGGCGACUCUGCUGGUGGUAACCUGGCGGCUACGUUUAUGCUGUACAUGGCGCGAUAUGUCCAGCCCUCGACCAAGCCCAAGUUUGUCCUUCCCCACGCCGCAUUGUUGUUGUCUCCAUGGACAGAUCUUUCAUCGUCAGUCCCGGCGGCCAAGAACGUAGACUGGUACAGCUACUUCCCCGGCCCCGUCGGUAUCUCGCCUCUGGACAAGAACGCUUACAACUACGCGGGUUAUUACCUGUGCGGUGAGCCUGACUUAAUGCUGAAUGCUCGCAAUGGUUUCGGGGUCGACCGUCGUUGGGAAUGGUACUCCCACCUUGUUCAACACCCACUCGUCUCUGCAGCCCAUUCUGUCGAGGGUACCAUGGCAGGCCUCACCAAUACUCUUGUCCACACGGCGACGCACGAUCGUCUAGUCGACGAUUCACGACUCUACGCCCACCGUCUGGGUCUCGAGAACCCAGGCCGCCUGACAAGAAUCGAGAUCUACAAGGACAUGGUUCAUGUCCACCAAGUCCUCCCUCUGCUCUUCAAGUCUGCCCAAAUCGCGAUCAACAACUUGGCCCGGUUCAUCGAGCGAUCUCGCUAUAUUCGUGAUGAGCACGAGCGUUCAUCUGGCAAUGGCUCUACGACGCAGUUGAAAUCGUCCUCUCCCGUCACGCCCACACGGACUUUUGCGGCUGUCCUGCGUAAAGUCCCUGUCCGUGAGUCGCCCGCCAACCAGGGAGAAGAAGAGGAAGAGGUAGCCAAGGAUGUGAAGGUGGUGGUUGUCCCUGCAUUUAUGCAACCUACGAUGGUGCGUGGUAAAUCUGCAGGAGAUGGUGUCGAGUGGGUGGUUGUUGAGCAGAACGGUCGUGAGACUGCGGGAGAUGAGGGUACUGCGAUUGACAUUCUGAUCAACGCAUGGCCCUUGAGAACUCAGAACACGAAAGAAGAGUGA